AUGCUGGAUCCGCCGAGGGAUCUGGGCGUAGUUCCAACAUCGCCUCAGGGCGGCACUACAAACUCUUAUGCCUCGGUUCAGCUAGACAAAUCUGGCAACAGGCCAUCGCAUCAGGGCGGAAAUACCAAAUUAUCCAAUGGUGCUCAAGCGCGACCUAAAGGUUGGGCCGGGCCCGCCUCUCAACUGGGAUAUAUGAGACCGGUCUUGGUCCUAGACGACUCUAAAGGUACAAGGCCAGGUGCUAGCUCUUGCCAAACUGGUGGCUCAAGCGGCAAAGCGCCUGCAGCGCGAUGUCAGUCUGCAAAUCAAUGGCCUGAAGCCGCAAUUUGCCGACCUUUCUGUGCAAAUGCUCAACCUUGA